AUGGCUAUCUCAAAAGAUCUUGUUAAGCCCCUUUCUCUCUUGUUCCUAAUUUACAUAGUAAUUGCCGCAUCACCUCGCGUUGAUGCGGCAAUCACAUGUAGCUCGGUGUUCAACGGCCUAAUCCCGUGCCUUAGCUACGUAGUAAAAGGUGGCAAGGUGCCACCGACUUGCUGUAGAGGGAUCAAGUCCCUCUACAGUAUCGCCAAAACCACGGCAGACCACCAAGGCGUUUGCUCGUGCUUGAAAAUGGCUGCCUCAAGUGUUAGUGGUAUCGAUUUUAAGAAUGCUGCUGCCCUCCCUGGAAAAUGUGGGGUGAAAAAUAUUCCCUUCAAGAUUAGCCCUAAAGUUGAUUGCUCAAAGGUCAGAUAA